UCCACCUUCCAAUCUCUCAUAUGUUUAUAAAUAGGGGGAGAACUCUCACCUGGCUAUGAAAAUCAUCAAAGCUAGCUAGCCCACCAAAACCAAAGUCAUAGAUGAUGACAGGUUUCGGAUCUCCUUGUGGAGCCUGCAAGUUCCUGAGGAGGAAGUGUGCCAAAGGUUGUGUUUUUGCACCCUACUUCUGCCAUGAACAAGGUGCCACCAACUUCGCGGCCAUCCACAAGGUGUUCGGCGCGAGCAAUGUUUCGAAGCUCCUUACACACCUUCCCGUGUCUGAUCGUCUGGAAGCAGCAGCGACAAUCUCAUAUGAAGCUCAAGCUAGAGUCCAGGAUCCAAUAUAUGGCUGCGUCUCUCACAUUUUCGCGCUUCAACAACAGGUUGUCACUCUACAAGCACAACUAGCAUCUCUAAAGGCCCAAGCAUCCCAAAGCAGUGAUGAAGAUCGAAAGUUCCAAGACAAUUACUCUUCUUACCAGCAAGAUGGCCAUGGAUUAUGUCAUUCGCUGAGUUUGAGGGCGUCGACACCGUCCAAUUCAAAUCCCCCUAGCACUCAUGUUCAAGCUAUGUCAUUCCAUGGUAAUGGACCCAUGGGCUCAAAUUCAAUGGGUGAUUAUCAUAAUUCAAGCAUGAGUGAAGAACAUGCCUUGUUUACUACAAAUGAUAAUUCUUCUCAUCCCAUGCCUUCUCUUGAAAUGCAAAUGGACCCAAGGAAAUGGUAUAUGCAAGACAUGGAGGGACUUCAAUCAGUUGCAUUUUCAUUUCUUCAGAAUUCUUAG